UGGCUAUUGUCCGCGUUUAUAUAUUAGUGUGCCCAGGGCAGGAUUCGACGAUCGAUGUGACCAACCACAGAUCCCAGCGAUCUAUCUUUCCGUGGCUGAUUUCGACAUUGAACCAGCGAUUCGUUACUCGCAUCAUCCCACUUCUUUCAACAUCCUCGAGGUCGUUCAAAUGCAGGAUACCAUUGUUGAAUUGUGAUCGUUACUCGUUCGUCCCGUUUUUCUUUUAAUAUCGUCUACGAUUGAUUCGAUUUCGAACGAAUUCUUCCUUCGAUCGUUUCAAUUUUGAUACGAGCGAGGAGGAGUAGGACGUCCAUGCCUCGUCGAAUAGGGACGAUGGGUACGGGGCGCCGUGGUAAACGGUGGGAAGCCAACACGGUUGCGUUAAUAAAGUCGCGCGUGGUUUUCCCUCGUAACGCAAAAAAAGUUGUUAGCAGCUAUUUACCUGAGGGCUCUAACCGACCCCUACAGUUUUCGAGAUCACCGCCGCUCUGUGGAAGGCAUGAACGCGUGCGCUGGUCUCGCCUUCGCGCCUUCGUUCUCUCUUUUCGAGAAGCUUUCAUCGGUUCUCGUUGUUAUCGCCGUUGUACCGAUUGUUCUUAAUUCAUCCGUGUAAAACUUCUUUACCGAUCAUCCGUACACUUCUUUAUCCGCCCACAAAGAAGUAUCUACUCUGUCUCUCUCUCUGUCUCCUUUUCUUUUAUUUUCUUGUUUUUUUUUAAACAGAAACCUCGUAAUUUCAAAAACGUCUUUGCCCUUAAUCGUGCUCGUUCCCUUUUGCUCGAAAGCUUUCUCGUUGAUAUCCUCGGCUCACAAUCCCCACUCUCCUUUUUCCCCCACUCCUCGAAAAUCGUUCGUCAUUCACAAGGGGACGCAAAACUGUUCUUCGCGUGUCCUGAAAGCGUGCUCGGUCUCCGCGUGAAUAGUCGAGGGGUUUCACGAGCGUAUCGAGUACCGUCAAUGGGUUAAACUUAAAGCAUCCCUUUCAAGAAAAUAAUCUCCAAGCAUUUUUUCACUUAUUCUUAUAUUCGAAUCCAACUAGGCAAGGAACACGAAGGGAAAAAAGGAUUCGGUGGAAUCGAAAUGCGUCUAUUUCACCGUGAAACACGUCUCGUGCACGCAAAGGUGGAAAAUUUGCAUGAAGAGACCAAGUACUCUUAGUAAAGAGUCAAAGGUGCGACGAGUCGUUAUUUAAGACUAGGAAAGGUCACGGAACAAGCGACACACCGUUGUCGGUGUUCCUUCUCAGUCCUGUUGGAGAAACGAAAAGGAAUGGAAGGUGUUUCCCCGAGAAUUGGGUGCGGCUACUAUAUAUUAAUAGGCGUUGAUUCGAAAAGAGGUUGCAACCGCCCUGGUUCAAUUCGAUUAAUCAACGCUGAUUGAUCGUAUAAUGUUUCAGAAAGAGGAAAUGAAGGAAUAGAAGAGAAGUUCCAGUUUUCAAAAUAAGGCCGUGCUUUUUUCCAUUCGAUAAAUAUCGGAUCGAUUUAACGUGCUGGCGGAAUAUACAUAUGAAUUUUCGUAAUGAAAUGAACAGAGAGAGGGAACUUAAAGGAUUAUUUUUCACGGAAAAUUAUGCAAAAAGAAAAAUUCGAAAAUUGAAGAAAUUAUUUAUUUAUCGAAUAUAUGGAGAGAAUAAUUUUCUCGAAGAAUUUUAAAUGGAUUGCCAACUUAUAAUAAAUUCACGAGUUGGAUAUUAAUCUCUCAUCGAUCCAAUAUUAAAAAUAGUAUCAUCGUAUGACGAGAUCUGGAAAUGCGUUCGAUUAAUUCGUGAAAGAAUUCCUUUUCCAUCGUUUCUGGCCAACUUUUCCUUCCCGUAUGAGAAUUCUUCUAACCAAGACGAACAAAUGAAAUCUCGAUGGGAUCACGAUCUCAAUUGAAAUAUCUCGAGAAAAGGGCAAAUGCUCGGAAGAAUGUUCGAAUUCUCCUCGACAACGAUCCACGAUUAAUUUCGCUCAACCGGAUCACCCAGAAACCUCGUCUUUCUUCAUCGAAAAAAAAAUCGAAUUUCUGGUAAAACGCUUUAACAAGAAUAUACAUACGCGCCGAUCUCUUUCGUUUUAAAGGAUUCGAUAAAUCGAUAAAUCGAUUCGUCAAACGACUUUCCUCGACGUUACACCCCAUCGAAAGGGAUCUCCACUCGUUCCUGACCUGGAUUAAAACCCCAUCGACCUGUGAUAUAUCCUUUGAAACCUCGACGUACCCUCGAUUCGAACGAUUCUCGCGAUUCGACGAAAAUAAACAAGAAACGAGAAAUCAUGAGUGGUGGAAAGUGACCGUCCAGCAGUACGCUUCGCUCAUUCAUCUCGACAAUGACGUAACUCGAAAACUUGCAAAUUUUCUGCAAUCAUCGACACCAAGAAUUUCGUUUAUCGAAUUCAUAUUUCCAAUUUUCCAUACGAUUUUCUUACCCAUUUUUAGAAGAGGAUUGAAGGAACGGUGAAAGUUUAUUAUUAUUUUUCUUUUUUAAAUAAGUUCGUCAGAACCAUUGUUGCGGCAAACGCAUCCAAAAGUGCAUCCACGGUUGCAUUAUAUUUGUCCAAUUAUAUUUAUCGCUGCAUUGGAAAGACGAGCAUCUAGAAAUAAAAGUUCGUUACUCGAGUCUUCCGAUUUUAACAACAUUCUGCUUCCCGCGAAAUCAGUGUCGUUAGUGCGUGCAAGGCUCGACGACGAGAACAACUCUUCGUUCCUUCGUGAAACGAACACCUGACUGAUCGACAAACUUUUCAUCCUCUUUCGGGCAAAGUUGAUCGAGAGUGACGGCAACAUCAUCGAGGGCUGAGCUAUCGAAAAAUAUGGCGUCAGGAAUACCGAGCGUUCAUCAGAGGAAGCUUGGACCAGCGCCGAUAGCAUCCUUCGAAGACCUGUCCGACGAGGUGGAAAACGGGGAACCGGCUGCGCGAAUGCCAGGCAUCGUCGAGGUCACCACGCCGGCAACGCCUGGUAGUUCGCUUAAGACACCCAGCACGCCGAGAAUUGACAUCAGCAGAGCGAGCAGUUCCUCCCACCAUGAGGACAGUAACUCCAGGGAUUCCACGCCCGAGAGGGAACUCCUCGCAGGCGGAGAACCUCCACCCGGAUGCAAGCUGACUCUGGGCUACAAGGAGGACGCCCAGGAUCUGAGAUCGUCGACGGAGGAGCUCGACCUGCAAGAUCCGAUUCACGAGCAAGAUCUGAAAAGGGAAUCGAAGAAAUUGGCCAAGAGGCGGAAGGAGGAUGGUUCUCUGUCCGACUACAGCGGCAAACAAUUGGACAGAGAGCGUAAGGACAGCAAUUGCUCGGAGAUUGUCCUAUUGAAUAUCAGCGGCAGAACGUCCAGGCUCUCGUCGGUUGGCAGUCAAGGUUCUGGGGCGUCCGGCAAGCUCUCCGUCGUGUCAGCCACGUCGUCCAGGUCACCGAGCCCGCACAAAUGUCUACUCGAAACGUCGUUCUGCGGAAGCAAGCCGACCCUGGCCGAUAACCUGAUAGAACCGUCGAAGCCGGAGACGGACGAUCUGGAGAAGAUCCUGUUGAAACGAGAGGCGGACACCACGAAAGCGUUAAUCCCGGACAGCAUAAAGGUGUCGAUGGUGGAUGGAAAUUUGAAGCCCGAUCCGUUGGAUAAACCUAGGAGGCGGGGGCGAGAGGAGAGGAAGGAGAUUUUUAAGAGAGAAGUCGAAAUAACGAAGAGAUUUCUCGAGAAGGUCAACAUACAGGUGCCGGUGGUGAAGAGAACGGAGAAUACAACGGAGCAGCAGCAGUUGGCGAGAGGUCAACAGGCGCAAGAGGUGCAGAAACCGGCCACUCUGGAUUUCAACGACAAGAGGAAGAAGGCGCAGAACUUCAAGGAGAUCGUGCAAACAACCCCGACAACGAGCAGCGUGACCGGCAGCCCAAAGCUGCCCAGGCAUCAGAAGGUCCGCGACCUCGAGGGGUCCCGUACACCCAGCCCGUCCUCCGUUUCGAGAAAGAGCAGCUUCACCUCCCUGUUCAAGGCCCGCACAGACAGCAGUGUGUUGAGCCCAGAAUCACCGUCGCCCAGCACCAAGCCUCGCCGUAGCUUGACCUCCAAGAUCAAGGACACGACCGAGAGUCUGCGCAGCAGGUCCAAGUCGAGGGACCGGGUGACUCCCCCGGGCGAGAAAGGUUUGAGAAAGGAGUCGAAGAACAAGGGCGUGUUCUCCUCCACGCUGAGCCUGUUCAAGAAACGCGAGCGCAAGAAAAGUUACGACGAGGCGAUCGCCGCCUCCUGCACCUCCGCCGAGCUCAACGCCGCCCCACCGCCUGCCGGCCACCCCUCGCUCGACAGCAUCGGCCACGUCGAGUUCCGGUUCAACGCGGAGAAGGAGAGCCGCAAGGACGACUCCAUCUUCAUCAGCUUGCACGCCGACGACAGGAACUACGAGGAGGCCCUCCCCUCGGAGAGCGUCUCCAUACCCCUGGAAACGCCCACGAAACUGUUGGACGAGUACGAGUCGGAGCCCCGUACAGGGAGCAUCGUCACGGAGGUGUCGAUCGAGCACUACCCACCCCCUCCAUCCUCCUCGUCCUCCUCCUCCUCGAGGAUAAGGACCGAGGCGUUGAUCGAGACCAGCUCGAGGUCGUACUCCAGGGACACGGUGCAGAUACCGCGGAGCGGCUCCAAGGAGUCCGAGAUAUCGAGAAGCUCGUCCAAGGACUCGAAACUGAGCGGCCAGGGGAGAGGGGCGGGCGAGGUCAGGUCGUCCUCGGAGGGGAAAGCUUGCGCGGAGCACAGCAGGGUGUCGAGCAGCUCGUCCAAAGACUCGAUAGGGGCGAGGAGGGACGCGACGAAGCCGAAGAGGAGGAGCAAAGAGGCGGUGGAGUCGGUGGGGAGAAGGGACGAGGGCGCCUCGUCGAGGCAAGCAAGGGAGCACGCGGAGGUUGGAAGCAAGAGGCAGGACCUGUUGGACGAGGGGAUCAAGAUCGGGGAUCAGGAGCUGGCGAAGACGCCGAGCGUGAUCUCGGACCUGGAUCGCAACAGCUCGGAGUCGGAGAGGGACUCGGAGAUCGAGUUCAUCAGGAACAAGGUCGAGAAGCUUGCCGAGGAACUGCCGGACGAGAGGAAGGGCCUGUUCUACGAGGAGAGCUUCGAAGAGGAUCUCCCCUACAUCCCGACCACCCUCCCCCUGGAGAAGAGCGUGGCUGUGCCGAUCCUGCCCGUGAAACAACGACUCCAGGAAGUAAGAACGAUACCGAUCGAGAGGCCGCGCUCCACGACACCGAUAAACCCGACACUGCUCGACGAGUUCGUGAUGCACACGUCUCUGGACGAGCGUCGCGUGGAGAAAAUGAAGAUAUCGUUGCCCAGGGAAGAAAGUUUCAAGCUGAAGAGCCCCAGGAAGCACGCGGCGAACACGUUCAUGGAGUUCGCCGGCAAGGUGCCCGACGGGGGGCGGAAAACCGCGGGCAAGUCGCCGAGUCCUCCUCCACUGCCACCGAGGGCCACGGCUAGGCCGAGCAAUUGGAUCAAUUUCGAGGAGAUACCGGAGAAGAGGAAAGCGCCGAAAAGGAUUCAAACGAUCCCUCGGCCGGAAGACGAGGUGAAAUCAGGUGGAUACAGUUACGUGCAACCGGAGGAAUGCAGGUGCGAGUGCCACGAAGAGUCGCGACGAGCGUCGAUGAAGGAGGCGACCGCGACGAGGGCAUCGUCCUCGUGCAGCAGCAACGGGGAACGCGCUUGCAACGGUGACAACUGUACGGUGCCUACGUCGACGUCCCUGGACCGUGCCAGCAUCGUCAGUGACAGCUCGUUGGAGUAUAGCCUGAGCAUCGAGGAGAACAACACGACGCAGCCGUUGUCGGCGAAGCCGUUCAGCAUGGAUCUGGACGUUAGGUCGAAUCGGUCCAGUAUCGUAUCCCAGGACGAGACUGACGAGACCCUGCACCAAUAAUAGUUUCUUCACGGCACGCCUCGCCUUAUUAUCCUCUUGUCGAUCGGAACGAAGAUUCUCUCCUUGUUGGAACCGUUCUCGUUUGCACCUUUAGCCGGCCCGAGUCUCCAAAGCGUCGUCGAAACUGGAUAACGAAUCCACUCUGCUCUCUCUCUCUCUCUCGACUCUUAUUUUCUUUCUCUCCAUCGAACUUUCUCCAUUAAACCGUCUCACGAUUCUAUAUGUCAAUUUCAAAGUUUAACGCUCGUUUAACUGCAAUUUUGCGCGCGGUUAUAUUUGUUAUAUCUGAUCGAAGACAGAGUAAUUCGUUAUUCGGCGAAAUAAAUAAUCGCGUUAAGUGCGUUCGGAAUAGAGCUCUUAUUAUAUAACUCGAGUUUUCUUUCACGAUUCCAAAUGCGUUGAAUUCAAAGAGACCAAAUUUAAACGAAUGUAUUCGCAACCGAGUUAUUCUAAAUUAAACUCGUGCUCGGCUAGAUAGUAAGAGCUCUGGUAUUAGAGUAUUAUAUCUAUAUUGUGUAAUCGUUCCGAUUUUCCUCGACUUUUCUCGUCGUUGUCUACGAGCCUGUCGUCCUUGUUUGUAUCAGCCAGUUAUCGAACAUCGAACGUCAAUGCUAAUUUUUAAUCGCGCUUCGUAGCCGAUUUUACGAAAAAACGCGAGCACACACACAUUUGUACAUAACCUGUAACGAUUUCGAGAACAUUUUAAUCUAAGGGCGUAAUACUUCCGCGAGAACUCGUUCGUUCUUUCGUUACUAGUUCCCUCGUCGCGCGUCAAUCCUUAAAAAGUGAGAAGAAAAACGAUGCUUUGCGCGCGUGUUGACCGAAUGCUUCCUUACGAGAGCGAAGAUAGCAUUACGGGAGAUCGAAUCGCGGACGAUGAUUCGUGAGAGAGGAUCGAUUCCUCGGUUUUUCGAAGCUUUUCGAAGUUGAGAUCCUUCAUCGAAUUAACUCGGAAUUAAAAGUCGACUGUCGACGCUUUACGCUAGAAAAAGAAAGGAAAUUAGUGGAUAGUUUAUUAACGAUCGCGUUUAGAUCGUGUUGAAAGUAUAUGAUAUAAUAGCGAAUAAUGCGUUCAAAUAUUUUUGCGACCAAUUGUAGACAGUACCUCGAUAAUAUGCGUGUUCUCGAAUAUCAUUGGCAAACUUCGUAGCAGCGAGCUCCUUCCGUUUCCAGACCGAUAAAGAGAAGAGUAUGUUAUUUUGUCGAUCGUCUGGUGUAAAAAAAAAAAAAGAAGAAGGAAAGAAAAAGGAGCGCGUCACGAAGAGAGCUUACUUUCGAUUCUUCAUAUCAUGUAGAUAAAGAUUUAGAUCUGUAAGUGCCACGAAUGUAGAGAAUCAUAGAAAAUUAGAGAAAUUAUAAGAAUGAUUGUUGCGUUAAAUCAAUCGAUUUUUGCGUGUAACACGUGUUCUAUCAAAAUAGUGUUAAUCGCGUGUACGCGAAAAUCGGCGAAUAUUCGAAAAUUUCAUUGGACGCAUGUGAUGCGCAUCGUCGAAAGAUCAUUCUCUCGGUAUUAUACGCGUGGAUAAUUGUGAUUGCGUGUAUGCGUGCAUAUCAUUCCAUACCACGUUCAUAAAAUUAAUUUUUAUUUUCCCUCGGAUUUAUCGCAAUUUAUCGAGCUUCGAAUUUCGAAAAUGUGAAUAUUGUCCACGGUCAUCGUUCACGAAAGAAAAAUGGCAACGAUCUCCCAGGAUAUUGAGCCGACGAGUAUAAAUAGCGAAGAUAUCGAUGUUAGACGCUUAUAAUCGCGACAAAAAUCAAACGAUCAUAACCGACAGAAUCGAUCCGAUUGCGUUUCGUUCAAGUGCUUCGAUUGCUUCGUCUCGCGUCACUGGAAUAACGAUCAUUCUUUAUUUCGAGUCUGAACUAACCAUGUGAUAGCUUAUCUGAAUUGUUUUGUAACUAUUCACGCGAUAAAUUUCAAUCACUUAGGCUUCCCGAUCGAUGUUUCGUCUAAAUUGCUUUUGUUAAAUCAAAUUUGAGUGUUUCGGAAAAUAAGUAUCGCGGAAAGAUUCUGUUUCGUGAAAGUCAAAUCGAAAAGUACAAGAUAAUAGAGAUAAUUGUAACGUUGUUCGAUCGUCGUUAAUUGAUAAGAAAGAAUCUUAUCGAUUGAUCGCGAUAUAUCACAAUUUAGCGUGAAUAACGGAUUCGAUAAUGAGAAUAAUAGUCAAAAAAUGAAAAGAUGAGACAGAGGAUGAAAGAAGAAAGUUCAACUUUUUUUUUUUUUUUUUUGCAUCGUUAUUCGAUGAUUAAUUAAAUUAUCGGCAAGAAUCAAUUAGCUAGAUUGAUCGAUUAUCGAAUUAAAUUAUUAUAUCGAUUAUAUUUAUAUAUAUUAUAUUAAUCGAUAAAUCGAAUUAGCGAUAAUAUCGGAGAUCGAUGAAACCGCUUUUAUAUCGCUUCUUCCGUUUUAAUGGAAGGGGAAAAAAGAUAGGAAAGAAUGUAAAGGUUGUUGAAAGAUUCUUAUGAAAAAUAUCUCCUCUUCGAUAUUCUUUAGCGAUACACAUCACUAUUCGUAAUUAUACUUUUUAAAAUAUGUUCAACGACAAGCGGUAACCGAAAUAAUUCGAUAUUUCUAAAAUUGCGUAAAUAAUGAAUUAAAAAAAAAUGCAUAUCGCGGAAAAGCAUAAGAGAAUGAGAAUAAAAUCAAAUAAAAUGGAAAAGAAAUAAAAGAGAGAGGAAGAAUGAGUGAGAAGGAAAGCGAAAGCAGACGGAGAAAGAGAAUAAAAAAGAUUUUGCGUUUUAACGAGUAGCUCAAUCAUUUCAAAUAUAUUCUCCUUUUUUUCUUUUUUUUUUGUAGAUAGGUGACAGUAUGCUCUCUCGCCGUCAAAAAGUUGCCCUGUACGCUUGUACUCGCGUAUCAAAAAUUAAGGAAUGAAUCUGUGGCAAAGAAUCGUCCACGAGUCUAAACGAGAAAUAAAUUUUUUGAUAUUAAUCGUGGAAAUUUCAGGGAGUAUUCGGCAAAGGGAACACGAGUCUUCCAACAUAACCUCUUCGAGAAAUAGUUCUCGACGUGAGAUCGAUCGACUCCAGUGACGCGAUAUUUCGACAUUUUUCCCUUAAUCGUUUUUAAUAUCGAUAAAGAAAAAUCUGUGUUCGAAGGCUUCGAGGCCGAUCUCAAAGGAUUUAUCAUUAUUAUUAUUAUUACCUUCGAACUUAUUGAAAUAAAGAUACGUCAAAAUAUGUUUAGAUCGUUCGGUCGAGUUUCCCUUUCGAAUAAUUGUAAAUUCAAUUGAAAUCGAUAAUUGUCGUUAUAAUAUAUCAUCGUGAUCGAAUGUAUCCCGCGAUGAUGAAAAUAAGAGAAACGACAAAGCGGAAACAGGAUUGAUAUUUUAUCGUUAAUGCACGAAAUUUAAAAAUACUUCCCCACUGCGAUAAUUAUUAUACAUACUAUCUCUUCUGGGCACGAGAAAAGAUUGAGGAGAAAAAAAUAGGGAUAAAAAUCGCGUGCGAAGGAAUUAAAAAAAAAAAGAAAAAAAAAAGAAAAAAGAAAGAAAUCCGUAGAAAAAGCAAGAAGCUUCGUCGUGGACGGCUCUAAGCCUGUUAUUUUCUGUGUGUGUGUGAGAAACUGCAAAUUAUUUAUUCCUAUAGAGUCUAUUCUUAUAAAUAUAUAUAUAUUAUAUAUCUUUCGACUGAGUUUCGCGUCGAUUUACCGAAAAUAAUGUUCGUAUCCACAUUCGUUCGUAAAACGAAUAAAUUCAAAGAUAAAAAAAAAAGAAAUCAACAUUUUUCGCUGUAUAUAUGUAUGUUUAUUCUUAAAAAAAUUAUACGGUUAUUAUAUAUAUAUGUAUGUGUAUGUAUAUAUACGUAUAUACAUACAUAUAUAUAUAUAUAAGUACAUUACAAAGUAUAAAUAAGUAAAUAAGUAAAUAAAUAAAUAUAUAUAUAUGUAUAGAAAAAAAAUGAAGAACAAAGAUCAGCAAAAAAAGAAAAAAAAGAAUGGAAUGUAUUAAAAGAAUAGCGUAUGCUGCAUAUAUAUGAUAUUUCGAAGCACAUCUGUUUAAGGAAUUGUUACAGAAUGAUUCAAUAAAUAUUAUCUUAAUAUCAAUUUCAUGCUGAUAAUUCAUGGAUGAAUCGUUAAACAUGUACGAGAGAAGUUUUCGAUUUUCGAUCUCGAUCCAAAAAAUAUUCUUCAUUUAUUCAUCUAAGUACUUUUAACUACUCUGUACCAAAUCAUUGUGUACUAAUCUGAUUUCAUUUAAUAUAUUGACUGUUAAGCCUUUGAA